AUGAGCUCUUAUUUCGUCAACUCACUGUUCUCCAAAUACAAAACCGGGGAGUCCCUGCGCCCCAAUUAUUAUGACUGCGGCUUCGCCCAGGACCUGGGCGGCCGACCCACCGUGGUGUACGGUCCCAGCAGCGGCGGCAGCUUCCAGCACCCUUCGCAAAUCCAGGAGUUCUACCACGGGCCAUCGUCGCUGUCCACGGCUCCCUACCAGCAGAACCCGUGCGCCGUGGCGUGCCACGGGGACCCGGGCAACUUCUACGGCUACGACCCUCUGCAGCGCCAGAGCCUGUUCGGUGCGCAGGAUCCAGACCUGGUGCAGUACGCAGACUGCAAGCUCGCGGCAGCCAGCGGCCUGGGCGAGGAGGCCGAGGGGUCUGAGCAGAGCCCGUCGCCCACACAGCUCUUCCCCUGGAUGCGCCCUCAAGCAGCCGCCGGACGCAGGCGAGGCCGCCAGACCUACAGCCGCUACCAGACCCUGGAGCUGGAGAAGGAGUUCCUAUUUAAUCCCUAUCUGACUCGCAAGCGGAGGAUCGAGGUAUCGCACGCGCUGGGACUGACAGAAAGACAGGUCAAAAUCUGGUUCCAGAAUCGGAGAAUGAAGUGGAAAAAGGAGAACAACAAAGACAAGUUCCCCAGCAGUAAAUGCGAGCAGGAGGAGCUGGAGAAAGAGAAGCUGGAGCGGGCGCCAGAGACCGCCGAGCAGGGCGAUGCGCAGAAGGGUGACAAAAAGUAGGCUCCAGCUGGGACUGCUCGGGCCCGGACUAGCCCGCACGUCCGCCGGUCCCUCCCGCGACCACGCCGCCGCCGCCCGCCCCCCGCCUCCGAGAGCUCCGGCCCCGCGAGCGGAGCCAGGAGCUGGGCCUCCCACCGCAGCGUCCCCCGCCGCGCCAGUCCCCGCUAGUGGUAGUAUCUCGUAAUAGCUUCUGUGUGUGAGCUACCGUGGAUCUCCUUCCCUUCUCUUGGGGGUCCGAGGG